ACAAUAAUAAUAAUUUGGAUGCGCAAAACAAUAAUUACAAUAAUUUCUUUGGCCAGAAUCAUCAACUCAAUCCUCAUCAAAAUUCUGUUACCGAUAAUAAUUUCUUUGGAGACAAUAAUAAUAAUUUGGAUGCGCAGAACAAUAAUUACAAUAAUUUCUUUGGCCAGAAUCAUCAAUUCAAUCCUCAUCAAAAUUCUGUUACCGAUAAUAAUUUCUUUGGAGACAAUAAUACUAAUUUGGAUAUACAAACAAGAAUUCUUAUAGCAGCCCAGCUUCAAAAUAUCGUCAAUCAAUUGUUAAAUCGUUAA